AUGUCUUCUUCGCCGGCUGCCAAACGCAGUCUGAAACCCUCUCCGGCCGCAACAAACCCACAGCAGAACACCGCCUUUACCACGUCUGCCGAGCUGCCCACUCUCCAACCUGCUGCACCAGUAGCCCAAGCUCAACCCCAAAGCCAAGCUCAAGAGUCCCUCAUGUCCUUCCCGCGCCCUUCUACGCCUGGAAAUUCCAAGAAGCGCAAAUCGGUAAGCGUGCCGUCCGACCAAAUGGCAGCUACUCCAACUUCCGCGAGUGCUCCCUCGACGAGUACAGCCGCAACGCAGGCCCAGGAAGCCGAUGCGCCUGCUGCACAGGAACCCAAGGCCAAGAAGAGUCGAACCAACACGCCUUGGACACCGGCCGAGGAGCAGAGGCUCAAGGCGAUGAGAGAUGCCGGAAAUAGCUGGAACGAGAUUGCAAAGACAUUUCCUCAGCGAACAGAGGGGAGUGUGAAGAAACACUGGUACAAAGAUAUGCACUACGCCGAGUUUGCUGAAGACGAGAGCGCGGCGCUUCUUGCAGCUAUCAAGGAGUACGACCAGAACAAGUGGAAAGUAAUUGGGCAGAAAGUUGGCAAGCCUGCUAAAGCUUGCGAGCAGUAUGCGAAGGAGCAUUUUGGUGGAAAGGUUUGAGACAGAAACCAACAGGAUAUGCACAUUUCCUGGUUUAGCGGGUUCGAGCUCUCCUUAUGAUACCGGCUCGCUUCCAUAUAUAGAGCACUGCAUGUGCAGACGCUUCUGUCGGCAUCUGCUCGUCGUUUCUUGGAGUCCUCGGAGGCUCGGAUGCGGUCUUGGCUGGGGCGUAUACGAGGUGAACUUCUGCGAAACCCUCUCAAUGAGCAAAAGGCGAAAUCCCCAGCAGCCUUUUAUUUCCUUUGUCUCUUUCCGUCAUGUG